CACAAUUCCCCGUUUCGUUAUAUGGGCAAGCACAGGCUCCCUAAGGACCGACAUUGUUGCAAGAAGUUUCCAUGAUCGGAAUCAAAUGUCGGAGCUCGACACCAGCACCGGGGAGUCUUCGAAACGAGCCGUGCGAGAAGAGUUCGGCGAUCCUUGUUCGAAAAAACAGAGAGAGUUCAAACUAAAUGAUCAGAGCACGGGAAAGAUCGCAAACCCCGAUUACAGACAAUGUCAAUAUCUCGUUGUCAGGAAGAAUCGACGAUGUCGGCAACGUGCCAACAAAGACUGCGACUACUGCGGGGAACACCUCCUUCUGUCCAAUCAAAAAGAUGGAAAUCACGGCCGUAUUCCAUGUCCGCUGGAUCCUUCUCAUUCCUGUUACGCUCACCUCCUCGAAGCUCACCUGAAGAAAUGCAACGCACGUAAGAAACCGAUGCCGGAUUAUUACGUUGAGGGUAUCAAUGGAGCAGACAGCGAGGCGUCGACAGAAAGAAUCAGCGUACACACAGUCGGCGACGAGGAAUUACUUUCUUUCAUCGAACGAAUCGACGGGGUCUACCGCGCCCAUGUUUCCAAGCCGGUGGAAUAUGAUGGAUGUCAUGAACUGAUCCUGGAAGAGCUGGAGAAGUUCAAGGACUGCGCCAUGGUCAACAAGCAUCUCAAUCAACAGGGAGCGCUCCUCAAAAUCAUGGAAGAGAAGGGCUUACUGGAAGCAAAUCAGAUGUUCGUCGAAUUUGGCGCAGGUCGCGGCCAGUUGGCGACAUGGGUGAUGCGAUCCUUGGGGGAUGACGGGGUCGAUCGAAGCGCCUUCGUCUUGGUUGAUCGAGGAUCACAGCGCUAUAAGGCAGACAAUCGAUUCGUCGACAAAUGGGGCGCAAGCAUCCAUCGAAUCCGAGCGGAUAUACGACAUCUCUGCCUCGAACGGCUUGAUCCCUUCAAGAAACACGAGGGUCGGGUGGUCGGUUUCUGUAAACAUUUAUGCGGGGUCGCCAUCGACUUGGCUCUGCGUUGCAUCACCGGUUCAAUAGGCGAAAAUCGUCUACCUCAAGCUCUCUCUCCUUGUAUUCCAGGCAUCGUGAUGGCUGUCUGUUGUCAUCACAGAUGCGAAUGGCGCUGGUAUUCCGGCAAGGAGUGGCUGGAAUCGCUCGGUCUGACUGAAAGAGAUUUCCAGCUGAUGGUAUCAAUCGCUGGUUGGGCAACGUGCGGAUCUGGAUGUGGGUUGAACAGAGUGCCAGCCUUCGGCGGUGAUGACCAUAAUUAUCUUUAUUAUUAUCAACAGUUCAUCUUGGAGACAGCUUGA